UUCAUAAUUAUGUACACUUCAGUCAGGGCAAAUCAAUGGGGAUGCACUUCAGCGGAGCUUCCUGGAGUUCAGCUAUUGCUCGUUUGAGGAGGACCAGCUCUUCUGUGCGACCCCGUUCACCUGCCCCACCUGUACCCCAGAAAUGGUGGCUGUGGCAGCUGAUGGAAACCGGAAGCUUUACUGCUUUAAACGAUCCAGCGGAUGCAAGGCAAAGCAACAUGCGGUGCUUCGCAGUGGGCAGCAGCCAGGGAAACCUCAUGGAGGGCCAGUAAACUUGAGAGAAAUUCAGGCCACAGCAAAUGUCAAAUUCUGUGCCAUGGAUGUCACCUGCAAGUACUGGCCAUACCUCCAAAAGGUAGGGGCUGCCCUUCCACCACUCCAGGGGCUCUUGCAGAUGAGGCCAUUCCUCAGCAUCAUGCAUGCCAAGGCUCCUGCCACAAAGUGUGAGUUUAAAUUAAGUGGCAGGAAUCAGGAGGGAGCGGGCACAACGGCUGGUGAAGAGGUUGAGCAGGUGAACAGCUACCUCUCCCGUUGUGCUCUGACAACGAAAUACAUGUCCAAAGCAGCCCCUGUGGACAUGCUGACUGUCCAUGCAAUGGAAUGGAACAGGCACAAGGGGGACAAUCUCCACAAGGCCCUCUCCACAAGAUAUGUGAAGACUUGUCAAAGAGCUGUGGAGGAGGCAGCAAGACUUCUAGAGCUCAGAGAAGAGGUCCAUUGCUCAGAGGAGAUGGCACUGCCGUGGGUCACGGAUAUUCAGGAAUGGGCUGGGGAGACAACAGAUGCCGCCAGUGAUCAACGAUCCCUGCAACAACAGUCCAUUGGGGGGCUUCAUCUGAGCCUUCACUACAGAAAACAGAGCCUCUACCGUCAAAAUGACAGCAACAAGCUUCGUCACCACCUGCGCAAGAAUUUGGCAAAAGACAAGCGGCAUCUCUUCGAACAGAUUGCUGAAUACAACAGGCUGGUGUCAGAGAUGCAGAUCGAUGUGGCAGUGGUCGAGAGGUCGCUGGCUGGACACACUGUGUCACACAUAUGGCCAUGGGAGGUGCACAGCAGUGGAUCAUCAGUGAACACCAGCACCAAGAGACGAGUGCAUGACCAGCAGAUGCUGACCACACGGCUGCAAGAGGAGAGGAGCAUCCUGGUUUUGGAGAUGGCCCAACACUGCACUUUGUUGCGAAACCUGGCCUCGGCCCUCAGGACCAAGAUUAUAAGUGAGAGGCUCUGAGGGAUAAAAGUUUUGUUCUUCAGGAGAGGGGAGAGAUUGAGGUGAAAGGGAAGGGAAGGAUGACCACUUACUUCCUUGAGAGGAACCUAGGAGUCAGCAAACAGCAGAUUAUCGGUCUUUCAGUCAUCGAGGGAAGCUCUGGAUAUCAGUGUAGCCAGGUUAGCCACCAGCCAAGUCUACAUAGACCAGAAGGACCAGUCAAAAUGCAGCAAGAAAUUGACCUUCUUCUGGUCCCUAUGAAAUAUGGAGACAGCAUAAGUGAGGCCCAAACAUCUCCCCGUAUCCCUGUUCCUCAGCCUGGACCUGCUCUGAAGCCCCAG